CCCGUUCGCCAGCGCGUACCUGCCUCCGCGCGCCCUCUCGCGAUCUACCUACACGCAACUAACUGACUGAGUGAGUGAGUGCGCGUGCAGUGAGUGGAAUGUGCUAGACCGCAUGAGGAUCCUGCUAAGCGAACUGGGUCUCUCCGGCGCGUGCCUCAGUCUGACCCUGGAGCCGCGCGCCACCUCGCUGGAACCCGAAAAGCCUGCGCCAGGUCAGCGCCCGUACAACGAUACGCGAUCCACUACUUCUGUGUUUAUUUUCGCUUUCGUUGUGUAGAACCUCUGGGUGUAUUGUAGACUGUGUGGAACUGUCGUGAUGAUGGCCAUCGGCUAGAAUGCGAGGUGCGUUGCUGACGCCCUCCAGCCAACACUGCGGCCUUAGACAAUUCCAACACAAACGGCCGAGCGCCAUAGGGUCGCGCUCGCCAAGCGCUUUCACAACCAACUCCUCCAGCAUGCUACUGCUGCAGACACACAGCAACUACGGUUCGUCCUUUACUGAUCUACUGUCACCGCAAUAUCAAGAAGAUUCUUCUGAAAUCUUAGAAGAAAAUCUUGAUCCGUUUCCUGACGUUGAAUUCCACGCUCCCGUCGCUCCUGAGAUCAAGUCGCAUCGCGCCACUCCCUUGAGUGAAGCCUCUUCGCCGACGCUCGGCCCAGCGUUACCAAGCUUCGAAGAAACGUAUUCAGUUCGUUACCCAAAACAAGAAAUGGCAGAAUUCGGUAUUAAAAUGGAUGAAGACUGUUACAACGUUAGCGCAUACUCUCAUCAAGGCCACGCCUCAACUCAACUGCUAUACCAAUAUCAUCAGCCGACUAUUCCUUAUGUUCCAUCUACUUACUACGCACCACCUCAACCGUGCAGUCCUACCUUCGACACCGGUGGUGUAACGCCAAAUCAAGAUUCUUAUUCGCUGCCAUCUUACCCGAGCUCCGUGGAUCUUCAUGUGACUAGUGAACAAGCAGCCAGACAACGACGAUCAUCAUUACCCGUGCAGAGAUCGGAAUCUAGUAGUUCUAAUGAUAGCCCGAAAGUACAUGGCGGUAGAGUCCACUGCAUGCAAGCGUCGGCGCCCAGUUCGGCGUCCAGUUCACCCGGGGUAGCUCCGCCAGAAGGCAGCGGACCACGAGCCGCUCCAUCGUCACCAAGCCAACUUUGUGCUGUUUGUGGCGACACCGCCGCUUGCCAACAUUAUGGUGUACGGACUUGUGAGGGAUGCAAAGGAUUCUUCAAGAGAACUGUUCAAAAAGGUUCGAAAUAUGUUUGUUUAGCCGAAAAAUCUUGCCCAGUGGACAAAAGGAGGCGGAAUAGAUGUCAAUUUUGUCGAUUUCAAAAAUGUCUUGCAGUUGGAAUGGUUAAAGAGGUGGUAAGAACGGAUUCACUAAAAGGAAGACGUGGCCGACUGCCAUCUAAACCAAAAUGUCCUCAAGAAUCACCUCCGAGUCCACCAAUAUCACUUAUAACAGCUCUUGUCAGAGCUCAUGUGGAUACAUCGCCAGAUUUUGCCAACCUCGACUACUCCCAGUAUCGCGAGCCGAACACUAUGGAACCACCGAUGUCAGAUUUAGAAGUGAUUCAACAAUUUUAUUCUCUUUUAACAACAUCAAUUGACAUGAUCAAGGUGUUUGCUGAGAAAGUACCCGGUUAUGGUGAAUUGUGCGUAGAAGAUCGCGAGCAAUUAUUUGCGUCAGCACGUUUAGAGCUGUUUGUAUUGCGAUUAGCCUACCGCACACGCCCCGAAGAUACGAAACUGACUUUCUGCAACGGCCUCGUACUCGACAAACGACAAUGCCAGCGCUCCUUCGGAGAUUGGCUGCAUGCUGUGUUGGACUUCAGCAAUACUUUGCACUCCAUGGACAUCGAUAUCUCCACAUUCGCAUGUCUCUGCGCGCUGACACUUAUUACAGAGAGACAUGGUUUAAAAGAACCUCAUCGUGUAGAACAACUGCAGAUGAAAAUUAUUGGAUGUUUACGAGCACACAUGCCGGGCAGCAGCAGCGGCCCCGGCGGUGGCGUCAGCAGCGCUCCGCACUUCAGCCGCGUGCUCGGCGCUCUGCCAGAGCUGCGCUCCUUGUCCGUGCAAGGCCUGCAGCGCAUCUUCUACCUAAAACUAGAAGACCUCGUACCAGCGCCGCCUCUCAUCGAGAACAUGUUCCGCGCCAGCCUACCCUUCUAAGAUAUGUUAGAAUUUCUCGAGGACCUUUUCCGCCUUCGACACACAUUCUCCUUUCGUCUUUAGAGCCGACUCCGUUAUUUUUGUAAGUGUUUAGUAUAAAAAAUAUUUUUCUAGAGACUAAUUAAAAAUUUUACAGGACGCGAUCUCCCACGGAAUCGGUUCGUGCUAAUUAUAUGAGAUUAAUUUUAAGUACCUAUACACAAUGACAAUCAUACCGCAUAAAUACUAAGCUAAGAUUAAUUUAUUGAGAACAUUUAGGAAUAUGUAUUUGGGUGUGAUUUCAUUUAAUCGUGUAAUGUUGUGUAUUUAGUAGUCUGCAUUUGAGUUACCGCUCGUGAUCAAUGGCAUCUUGUCGUACAAAUAUUCCUAUGUUAUUUACUUACGUAUUAUUUAGAUAAGAAAAAUCUAGUCACAAGACUUAGUAAUAUAAAAUGACAACCCGUAUACAGACGGGCUUAUAGAUUAUAAUAUAGGACAUUUUACUUAUUAAAAAAUAGGCAUUUAAUGUCCUUUUUGUACGAAUGUGAAUGUUAGUAUCGCGCGUCAAGACUCGAUUGAUCGGUGCUGGUCAAUGUUGAUCCCAGUUCCAUCAACUGAGGUCGAAUCGUAUCGCGCGACAGAGUGUGAUUAUUGGCGUCACAAAACACGUCAAAUGGAAUGUUGGAAGUUACCUUUUAGUUAUAAAUUAUUUAAUAAUUUUAGACGCUAGAACAAUAAGUAAUAUUUUGUUACGACAAUUAUAUACAGCCAUAGAAAAAGUUCAGCAUUAUUUGAAAUACCACUUACAUGUAAUUUAUUCUCUAAUCCUACAAAGUGUCUUAAAGAGUACCUUUGUAAGUAGGUAGUGUUAGAAAUCCUCUAUUGUACUGUUGUGACCUUUUUUCUAAAGCUAUUAAAAUACAUGUCAUGUAAUGUAUAUAUUGGUAUAAUUGCUAAAACAUAUCACUUGACUAUAUAUAAAAGGGUAUAAUGGCUUUAUAUUGCUAUUUAUAACAAACCCUACCAAGUUGAAAGUAGGUAAAAAACCCAGAAUAUUUAACAGUAAAAAUAAUUUACUCUUCUUUCUAAUAAAUAUUACUUAUUAAAUAUAAGCUUGGCAUUUUAUUUGGUAUAAAAAAAUAGCAUUAAUGAGUAGGCCAUUUAUUUCCUAUUUUAAUAGGCAUAUCUAAACAGUACCUUAACAAUAAUAAUGCCUGUACAACUUGACAAAAUAUUAUAAUCAUUAACGUAUUUAGAAUAUUUUCCUUUGUCGGACCAAUUACUAAAAUCCAUCAGGGAAGGAAUUAGAUAGGAAUAUUAUUCAAAUAUAUAUAUAUUAUAUAUCUUUAAAACUUCAAUUAGGUACAUCUGAAUGUGUGAUGAAUCUAUUUGUAUGUUUGUAUUGAAAUUAUAUGAAUGUUGCCUUUUAUAUUAACCUACAUAUAUAAUAUGUAGUAUUCAUAACGCAGUGAACGUAUGGAAGAUCCCUAUUUUACAUAAUAAUAUUUUAUGCAAAGAUAGGUAAAGAAUAAACUAUACUAGGUCCUAUCAGAACACGACGCUGGAAUGAACGACAUUUUCCGCCGUCUUGACGUCCAAGUUACCCUAAGAGACUGUUCUUAAAAUAAUGAAAAUAAAUUGUUGAAAUACAUAAUAAUUAUAAUAUAACUGAUGUUAUUCGACUUAAAGGUACUUUACCUAAACCUGUGUAUUUAGUGUUAGAAUUAUAAAUCAUGCGUAAAAAUUAAUAAUUUUACAUGUUUGAUAUAUGUGUAUGUUGUGAAUGUAUGCGUAGGUACCUAUUCAUAAUGCUGGACUUUUUACAUAAAUGCUGUGCUACUCCUUUUACGAUUAAUUUUAUAGAUUUCUAAGUAUAAAACAAAUUUGAUACAUUUAAAAGUGUUACAUGUUUCUUAACUCAUGGACCUAAGUACUAUACCUACUUACUUACGUUGCAUUUUUAUCUAGGCGCAUCACCUUCCGCGGCUGUAAUACGACGUUCAGAUUAUUUUAUAUAAGGUUUUUUAACGAUGUAUUAUUGUAUUAACAAUAUCACCGAAUUAUGUAAUUUAUUUAAUAAUAUCUAUACACCGAUAUCUUCCAUUCAAUCACUACAGAUUUAAACAUUAAUAUAAUGCAUUUUAUAUUUGAAUAAGAUAUACUUUAAUAUUAAUUUUAUUACAGUAGAUAAUUGACCAUUUUUUACAGUAUGUACAUUGUAAUAAAUUUAAUUUUCAAUUGAUGUUGUACAAACACUACAAACAACUUCCUAAUUUUAAACUUUAUUGUCUUACCAUAUUCAUGCCCAAAAUCAAUAGCUAGUAAGUAUGUGGUCUUUCACCUAACUCUGUUAUUUAAUGUAAAUGAACCAAUUUCCUUUGUGACGCCUUAAAUAAAUAUAUAUUGGCAACAAUGUUAACGUAUUAUAAGUAGGUAUUAUCAUGCUUAGGUUUUGCUCUUCUACAAUAAUAUUCCUUAUACUCUUUGUAAUGAAAUGCAUUUCUUUAUGUCUCACAAUAGAUUAAUAAUUGUGCUUUUGUUAAUCUUAAUGUUACACUUUUUUAUUUUGUAAAUAUUUCUUUGAAAUAAUAAUUAAACGCAAAUGCGUUUAUGAA